AUUUGAUUAAAAUUUUUGGUAAUUGUCAACGAAUCAACUCGUAUUAUAGAUUUUCUGAAAGAGGAUUAAAUUCUCUAUACAAAAUCAGCAAAAACAGUAUUAAUUGAUUGUAUAGGCUUUGAGAAAUUAGGCUUCAAAGUUGAAACUUUGCUGUCAAAAACUACAGAAUCAGAAAGCUGAAAAGCCCUCUAAGUAACAGAAAUAUUCAGAUAGGUACUUAACAAGGGCCUGAUGGAAAGUUAAAGAUUUUGAUGAACCAAAAGUCUUAAACUAGACAUAUUUUCUGAGGAAUUUUGAUUCCUUUGCCUUUACACCAAAAAUCAUCCAAUUUACAAAAAUAUUAAUUCAUAUAUAAAUAAACUUUUACUCAAUAGUGUCAUUUUUUUAAUUAGCCAAUUAAUCGAGCGAGUGUUAGUUUGCCAGGCUGCAAAAACCAAUUUUUCAAUAAAGUGGGACGUUGCAAAUGUGUUUCAUUUUGUUUCUAGUCUAGUUACAAUUUCAACUGACUGAAGGAAUGUUGUCUACUACUGGAAGUUUAGUUUUGAUGGUGAUGAUGGUUAUUGGAUGGAAGCCAGGUGAAACAAGAGACGUAAGAUGUUAUCUAUGUUCAACAAGAGACAACGAAACAGCUUGUCGUUAUCCAGAGUCGUACGACAUGCCUUUAGCAAAAUGCGACCGGACAGCUCUGGAAAAGACCCAAGAACUGGCCAAAAAAAUUGACCCCAGCUACGACAAGAUAUUCGAAGUGGACACCGAGGCAAUGGCCAGACACAUCGAUUUGGAUUGUUUGAAAGUUGUCACUAGACUUGGCAACAAAAAGUACAUAAUUAGAGGUUGCCAAUUGGCCGAGCAAAUAAGUUUGGACAUUUGUCAUAAGAUGAAAAGGGCCGAUACUAAUUUUUUGAAGAAGGAACAUUGCUCCAGGUGCAGUUCGGACAGGUGCAAUCCAGCAUCAAAUCUAUACGUUGAUCAACUACUGUUGAUUUUAUUUUUAUGUGUUGCAUUGAUGCAUUGAUACUAUGAAGGCUGACUUUUUUGAGCUAUAAUGUAUUGUUUUCUAUUGAUUUUUUUUUUCAAAAAAGGCUGAUUCCAGACCAAUUUUCUAUGUAUAGAAUUUUGAUCAAUAAUGCUUGGCCAAGUGUACGUGAAUAGAAUUUUAGAAAUUGUUCAAGUAGAUUUAAAGAUCAUACAGGGUGAUUCAUAAAUAAGUGUACUGUUACAAAACGUGAUUCCCAUUUAAAUACUCAUCACCUUCCAAUGUAUCACCCUUUACAUAAUAUACAGCAUGUUAUAAUACAGGGUGUUCCCAUAGAUAAGCUGACAUUUUUCAGGUAAACAUCUGAAAAACACAUAUUAAUUGUAAUUUUUUUUCAAACACCCUGUAUAGAAGAGAGUCUAUGCUAUAUUAAUCUGAUGUUA